UUUGUGGAUUCGCCUUUGUGUUACACUAAUGCACAGUCCCCUGAAACCCCCAGCAAUGAUCGCACGCCAUUCGCACAUAAUAAAGUAAAAAAAAAAUCCCGAACGGGAUACGGAAGUGGUUUUUCUCAGUGAAGGUUUCUCCGGACAGUUGAACCACCCGUGGUGGCGGCGGGGAGGGGGGUUGCAACAACCCGUUUACUUCCUCGGUGUUCUGCGUGAUUCAGGGGCUCCACUCUGUGCAUCGGUAAUUAUUUUCCAUUAAUAUUCACAUUGCUGGGACAUGUGCAAGGCUACACCGGUUCUCUACAACGACAAUUGCUCUGUUGCAAGUGGUACAACAGGAGUGCCAUAAUAAAAAUACAGAAACAUUGGCGAUUAUGAAGGUUAUGAUAUUCAGUCUUGUUACUCCAUCGCUAGAAUUUCAGUCUCGAUUCAAGGCUUCUAUCAACAUUUUCCUAAUUCAGACGGUGUAUUUAUAUCUGAGGGAGAAACUCUAGGACAAUCAGAUUGCCUCGAUGUCGUUAUACCUUCGGCCUACUUCCUCGAGAAAGUAUCUCAUGAACCAAUACACCUGAGGAGCUAAGGGAGCAGAGGCAAGCAGCCAAAAUUCCAGCAUUUUGUAAUAUCGAAACCCCCACCCCAGAUUCCUAGAUGGAAGGCCCGAGCGACGAAAAAAAGGAAACAGCAGACCCUCACGAAAAGCAGAGUAACGGAAUAAUCGGUAAAGAACUGAAUGGCGAGACGAGAGUCGACGAGAGCCUGGAGAACAUCGAAGAUGCUGUUGACACACCAUCAGUGACAAUGGACGUAGCCACUCAUGACGCGGAAGAGGACACCAAGGGCUCUGACAAAGAGACCAAGGAGAAGACGAAGGAGAAGCGUGAGGACGAGUCCUCAGCCACCUCCACGUCGUCCUCUGAUGAUGAAUCCGAGACAAGCUCGGAGGAUAAGACCGAGUCAUCGGUGAAGCCAGAAGCUGAUCGUCCUCUCGUCACAACAGCUGAGAAGAAGGAGGAGCCUGCUAAGAACGAUGACACUACUGACGACAGUGACAUCGACGAUGAUCUCGUAUCAACUAUUAAUUAUAACACUAUUACGUCAUUGGCAGCGCUCAAGGAUAUGCUGCAGUGCACGGGGGAGGAUUCAGAUGGUGUAGAUAGUUUUUUUCAUCAUUAUUUUCUAUCGCAUGUGAAUAGAUUGCCAUCGAGAAAUCAAACUCACAGUCCCUAUCCGUGGGGGAGACGACUCUCGGAGUGUAGAGAGGAGGAUGAAUAUGAGACUGAAGAACAUAAAACUGGUGAUAUCAGUUCCAAACGAACCAAGGAUGACGAGAAAACCCUAAUAACAGCCCAGGAUUCCCAAGAAAAAUCAGAAAGUCUGCCAUCCAAGACAUCUAGUCUCUCGUCAUCAGCAAAAUCGAGCUCUGAGAAAAUUGAUCAGAAGUCAAAUGCCACCUCAAGUGUAUCCGAGUCGAGGCCACCACCAACAGCAUCGACAGGUUCACGAUUUACCACGACAACAGUUACAUCACCUACCUCCAGCAAACCACCGCUGCGUAGGAGGCACACAGCUGGCGGUGGAAUGACAUUUCCAGCCACUGAUCCUCCCAGUUACUCCAACAGUAUGGUUUUUUCACGAACUAGUCCGCUGCCGAGUCCUCAUUUUGAUAAGAGGUUCUUCGACUCUAGUUUGAUUGAGAUGAAAAGCCAAGCUAGCAGCUCCAGUACCUUAGAUUACUCAUCCACAGAAGAUAUUUGGGUUCGAAGGAUUGAUUUUGUUCAGGAACGCAAACGAAAGGAACUCGGAUCACAACCGUUACCAACAAUUGUCACCGAGGAUGCCGAUAAUUCUGGUCAAAAGUCUGAUGAUCAGGGCGCAAGACCACGUGCUGGAACAUGGGGCUCACAUUCUAGGCCAAUUAGAAAGCCAGCAUCUGGUAGUGCCCCCGGCUCGGGCAAAUCAACACCACUUCCUCAACAAUCAGAGCCAUCAGGCUCGUCUACCUCGAUGAAAGUAGUUGGAAGAAAAACAUCGGGAGUACGAUCUAGUUCAAAUAGUCGAAGUAAUAGUCGUAGCAACAGUGUAGAACGUAGAAAAAGCGGCGAUGAUACAGUUAGUCCAACGAGAAAAAAUGCUCUCUUUGAUGCUUUCCGUCCCAGAAGUAAGUCUGAUGCCAGCAAGACAAGGAAACCCAGUAUUAUUGCCAAUAUGAAGAAUGCAGUACAAAACUCGUUGUACAGAGGAUCUCACGGUGGUUCAACUAACGAUGUACACACAGAAAAGGAUCACAAACACCACAAAGACAGCAAAGAGCACAUAUCACGAUCGCGAUCUGGCUCCGAAACAAAUAGAAAUCCCGUUAGCAAAGUUAUGGAUCUCAUUAGACACCGCAGUCACAGUGCUAUCAGUUCUGAGGACAAACGUAAGGCGAGAGCUGCUGCACAACAUCAGACACAUUUGGCGUCCAACAGUGCACUUCGGAGAAACUCUCUGGAGCCAGGACAGAGGCGAUUGUCACUUGGAACACCAGCCAUACCUCACAGAGCCUCGGACGCCUGCUUGGAUCCUGUGCACGCUGCUAUCUUAUUCCGUGAUGCUCGAGGCCUACCUGUUGUCGAUCCCUUCUUGGAAAAGGUCUCACUCUCAGAUCUAGAGGAGGAUGAAUCACAGAUAUUCGUGAAAUUCUUCAAGUUCCACAAGUGCUAUGACCUGAUACCUACGAGUGCCAAACUCGUUGUAUUCGAUACUCACUUGCUCGUGAAGAAGGCAUUUUUCGCCCUCGUUUACAAUGGUGUCAGAGCAGCUCCACUCUGGGACAGCUCUAGACAGGAGUUCGUCGGUAUGCUUACCAUCACAGACUUCAUAAAAAUCCUCCAGAUGUAUUAUACGAGUCCCACUGUCACCAUGGACGAGCUGGAGGAGCACGAGCUGGACACCUGGCGCAAAGUUCUGAAGGACCAGGUGCAUCCCCUCGUGAGCAUAGCUCCAGACGCUUCUCUCUACGAUGCAAUAAAAACCCUAAUACAAAAUAGAAUUCAUCGAUUGCCUGUGAUAGACCCGGAUACCGGAAAUGUAUUGUACAUUUUGACACAUAAGAGGAUACUUAGGUUUCUAUUUCUCUACAUUCACGAGCUACCAAAGCCAUCGUUCACAAAUAAAACACUCCGAGAACUGAGAAUAGGAACUUUUGAGAAUAUUGAAACAGCAACUGAGGAGACCAGUAUAAUUUUAGCACUUAAAAAAUUUGUCGAGAGGCGAGUGUCAGCUCUGCCAGUUGUUGAUUCUGAAGGAAAACUAGUUAAUAUUUAUUCCAAGUUUGAUGUUAUUAAUUUGGCUGCUGAGAAAACUUAUAAUAAUUUGGAUGUCUCGUUGAGGGAGGCCAAUGAACACAGGAACGAGUGGUUCGAGGGCGUGCAAAGUUGUAAAUUAGAUGAAACACUUUUUACUGUUAUGGAGAAAAUUGUUAGGGCUGAGGUUCACAGAUUAGUUGUUGUGGAUGAUGAGGAGAAGGCUAUCGGAAUUAUUUCGCUGUCCGAUUUGCUGUUUUAUCUGGUCCUCAGGCCUUGUGGUGAAGACAGUACGAGCACCAAAGGUAGUUCAAUAUCCCUUCGCGCCCAGGACUCCCUGAAUUCCACAAAAGCCCUGAGUUCAGCACAAUCAGAGGCAUCACUGGCCGACGAGGAUCAGGCAGACGGAACGCCGAGUCCCCCCCUGUCUCCAGCAGCCUCAGACACCUCAGAAUUACAGCAGAGUCUGGUAAAUCCCUCGCAGGAGACAUCCUGGCGCGAGGUAGCAGUCUCCGGAGGUGAGUGAAUAUCUGAAAAUCACCAGAGCACCACACAAGAACGUUCAUAAAUCGAGGAAAAACUUCAACUGGGAAAAUCGAUUCUGAAGUACCGAAUCAUCGUCAGGAGAAGGUAUUCCCUGACCUGUAGAUUUGCCUUAAAUUUUCGUCGCUCAUUAGUCAACAAUAGUUUUAGAAUGAAACCCUUAAUUUUCAUUAAAUCGACAGAAUGAAAAAUUUGUAUCCAAUAACGAAGUGUUGAGGGGAAAGGCUUCCCUUUUGUCUACGUGAACUUUUAACAAAUUUCCCCCCCGAUUAUUCAUUUUUACUUGAGAAUCUACGUUAUGGGCUCGAUAAUUGCAUUGUCCAUAAAGUAAUUUCAUGAUGGAAAAUCAAUAAUUGUAGGAGAAAAUUCAAUUAUAAAAAUUCGUGUACACACAGGGGUUGUGUUUCACCUGGAGGCGUCUAGUGUUGCCAUUACAACGCGACGAUACCUUCAACCUGGAGAACUUUUUCAUUGUACUGUAAUCUUUCCUGUAUAUUAUAAAGAAAAUCUCGUUUUUCUCGUUUCUCCAGCAUCAUUUGUCCUAGUCUUUGCUUGUAGAGUGAUUGCAGAAUAGAAUGUGUUGAAAAUACUUUCAGUAAUUAAAUAAAUGAAGAAUGUUUAUAGGUUUAUGUAAUCAUUCGUGAGGCUUCGCUGACUAUAAUUGAGGAGAAAAACAAUUGCAGGAAGUGGAAUGAUUUUUUUUUGUAAACGAAAUGAAAAAAAACACGUGUCAUAUGGUAGUAAUAAUCUUAUGGAAUAAGAAAUAAGCUGUAUUGAUUUGUGAUAGUGCCCCUGGUCUAUGACUGUAAAAAUAGAAUAAACAAUUCAAAAUGAAAAUUGAUUUUUUGGUUCGCGUUGGGUGAAUUGAGAGCAAAAUUUGUAUAUAUUUUUUCAAUGCUACAGUUCAGUGGCAUGUGCACAUGUUACAAUGCGAUAAAUACACAAGAAUCAUGACUCACUGACGUUUGAAAGCCUUUAUUAGUGAUGAUGAUGAUGUGGUUGUCAUUAACACGGUUUUAGGAUUUUUUUUUUAUUGGCUAAUGCUGUUGGGUGUGCAGUGCAGAUGUGGGAAAGUACUGAGAGACGAUUGAUUGUGUGAUACGAGUGUGAGAGGUUUGUUGAAGGCCUAUGAAAAUUAUGAUGGAACAAAUAUUGUAUCUGCAAACUGAGUUAUUUAUUUGCUGCCUUAGAAGGUCCAAUUCACUUAUUAAAUCUACUGAGACAGUGAUUUCACGCCCAAAAGCCUUCGAUUAAACACAAUGCAAUUACGAUUUAUUGAAUUCUCAUAUUAUAAAUGCAAAAUAUUUAACAAUUGUAAUCAGGAUAUAUUUUAGGUAUUACGGAUAGGCAUUGUGCGAUGUAGAGAAAAUUUACGAUGACAGGGGAAAAAGAUACUUGAUGAUUUAUUGUAAUUGUGAAUGUGAAAAACGAACGAUUAAUAAAAUAAGGCACUAAUUUUGUCAUA